AUGUCGACGCGGCGCUCUACGCGUCGCACUGCAGGCAAGGCUGCCGCCGCCGCCGCCCAGCUCGAGUCGGAGUUCCUCGCGCAGCCGCAGUCGACCAUGACCACGACCAUGACCACGACCACUUCCACGACCAAGGCCAGCACCAGGUCACGCGCAACUUCCGCGUCCACCACCACCGCCGCCGCCUGUCGUGUCACCAAGCGCAAUACCAGGGCCGCCAAGGCUGCUGGCAAUGGCUCACCACUACGCGCAUUACAGUCGCCCGAGAGGAAGCGUAAGCGCGCUGCUCCUGGACAGACUGCGAGUGUAACACCAGAGCCCACCCCCUCAGGGCCAGCGCAAACCGACAACACCAAUGUCGACGACGAUGAUAUGGAUGAUGAUGAUCAAGAAGGCAUUUUCUUCUCAAAGAGUACCCCUGUUUUUCUUUUCAAGGGCGACGAGGAGGCGGAUCUCAAAGCCGAGAAUGACGUUUUGCGCAACAAGAUUCUCCAGCUUGAAGCGCGUGUCGUUGAGCUCGAGAAAGCCAACUUGGACCUUGUCAAAGACAAUGGUCGCGUCACAGACGCCUAUGAUGAGCUUUGCGACAAGUUCGCUUCGCUUGAGCUCGAGGCUUUGAGGCCCGCUCGCUUUCCUUCGCCCCUUGGUCUUUCUGAACCAGAUUUUUCUGGUGCCGUUUCUGCGGCCUCUUCUCAUUACGCUCCCUCAAUUGGGACCUUUUCUCCAGAAGUCUCUCGUCCCUGCUCCCCGUCGCUGGCCAGCGCUGCUGGCAAUUGGGUUUCCAGCCCCAAUAAGCCUAAAGCUAUUGAGCCUGACGCUAACACAUCUGAACCAGAGUUUGAUACACAAUUGCAGAAUUUCCCUGCAACUGGCCCUGCGCAACCCAUGUUUGUCAGCGGCAACGAGUCUGCUAGAGCACUUCUCACAAAGCUUGAGAAUGCUGCCAAGGAGCCUCGUGAAGGCCAAUCAUCGGUCCCGGUCACUGAAGAUGUUUCCUCUCCCCCCGACCCCGACGUCAACAUGGAGUCUACACCUCAACAUGCAUCCACCAAGCGAACCCGAGAGGAAGCGGCUACACCUGAGCGUGCGCGUCCUUUUUCGCCCUCGAGCCUGAUUAGGCGAUCAGUUUCCGCCGUGAAGUCGAUCGGGAGACUCUUCUCUGCUAUAACCCUAGAGACUCCUCCUCAGAAUCCUUCCCCUCCACAAGUAGCCCCACCCCCGUCCAUCUUGACCGAAACACUUUCGACUCCACCAACUCCAGUUGGGGCGAGCAAGAAAACACCUGCGAAGAAGAAGACCAACCAUCUGAUGAGGACACUGCUAAAGGGCACUGACCCUACCGAUACCCGCAAGGCAGAAGAUUGGGCCAAGCAGAUCAUCCCCAGUCUCAAGAAUGAUCCCGCAUUCCGCCAGAAGCGCAAGCGUCUUGAGACACCAGUACUUGUCAGGAACAUCAACAACUUCCCCUCUGCUAAGCCUUGGGAAGCUGGCUUUGGUGACCCGCUUGCAGACCUGGAUGACGAUGAUGUCGCACCAGUAUGGGCUGUUUACCUCGACAUGGUAGCAGAAGAAGCAGAAGAAGCAGAAGAAGAAGAACGCACGGCCAAAAAACACAAGACUGCCCAUGGGGCCAGUGUGAAUCACGAAGAAGUUUCAACCAUCACCGAACACCAUGCCGCCAGCAACAGCCAAAGUGCCUCCAACCACGAUCUCCAACCUCGCAGAUCUAUUGAACCCUCGCCCAUGUUUAACACUUCUCUUUCUCACCAUCAAGGUGAAAAUGUGUUCAAGGAACUACGUGGACAUCAUUCGGCGGCCGAAAUCCGUACGACUGAUCGUGAAGUCCUCCAGUCUGCUACCAAUGCCGCUAUCCAACCCCACAGCCCCGGUAUGGGUUCGUUCAGCGUUCCCGAUGACUCUGACGAAGAAGACUCUGUUCUGAAUGACAACGUUGGCUUGCCUGCCGCUCCCGUCUGGACUCAAGCCCCUCCUCCUGCCCCAGUUCCUGCACACGCUCCGCUGCCAGGAGGUGCCCCAGCUGAUGCUUCCUCAACCACCAUCACAGAGAAGCAUGUCGAUGAGGUCGAGCGCCAGCGCCAGAAACUGAUGAAGUUCACCCCGGCCAAGCCCAGCCGUCUCCGUGAGGCCACCUUCCCUUCACCUAGUCUGCUUUCGGACGCAGGUAACGAGUCCAUUCUCAUGACCACCCCUGCUCACACCGCUGCUGUAAACUCCAUUUUCAAUGGAAUGCCUGGUGCAGAAGUCAUCUACCUCGAGCCGAGUGAUCAGGCUGCCUUAGCCAACAUUCUUACUUCAGACACCUACAAGGACCAAUUUCUGGGUCUCUUGCAACCUCCUAUCAUCUCAUACGACUCGGAUGAGGAAGACCUCAGCCCCGUAUAG